UCCCCAUGCACAGGGGACCCGCGGCAGCCCACCGAGCAGUCCCGUCGCGGUGCUGAGGUUCAGGCUGCUUUAGAGCCAUGGGGAAUGGGAUGAACAAGUCCUUCAGAUCCCAGUUUGGCAAAGGGAAAAAUGAAAAAAGAGCAAAUUCUGCCUGGCUUGUUCAUUGGCAACUUUAAAGAUGCCAGAGAUGCAGAACAACUGAGUAGGAACAAUAUUACACACAUUCUUUCAAUUCACGAUAGUGCCCGGCCUAUGCUUGAGGGAGUGAAGUAUCUGUGCAUUCCUACUGCGGAUUCACCCUCGCAGAACUUGACAAGACAUUUCAAGGAGAGCAUCAACUUUAUCCAUGAGUGUCGCCUUAGAGGUGAGGGCUGUCUUGUUCACUGUCUUGCUGGAGUCUCCAGGAGUGUGACUUUGGUUGUGGCCUACAUCAUGACGAUCACAGACUUUGGCUGGGAAGAUGCACUAUCUGCUGUAAGAGCUGCAAGAUCAUGUGCCAAUCCGAAUAUGGGUUUCCAGAGGCAGCUGCAAGAGUUUGAAAGACAUGAUGUUGACCACUUCAGACAGUGGCUGAAGGAAGCAUAUGGAGAAAACUCCUUGCAAGAUGUGCAAGAAGCCCAAAAUCUUCUGAUUAAAUAUAAAGAGCAGGCAGAGAUGCAACAGGGCACUGGUGGGAGACAGUGGAAUAACAACUUUUCAUCAUUGCCCUCCCUGUCGUACAGCAACUAUACAACAGAAACCUAAUUGCACAAGACUGGAUAAUUCUUUUCAGUUUCAAAACAAAUGUCACCACGGAUCACCAUUUCAUCCUGAAGACUGCAGAAGUUGUGUGAACUGUGCACUUGUGGAAAGCUUCUAAAUGAAACUAUUCUAACGUGUGUGUGUGUGUGUACACGACAGUUUUAGAGUUUAUAUAGUGUCAGGCUUUCUAAGUGUAAAUUUCUGUGGAGAGAAGUUUGUGUCGGGAUCUCGGCACCACCAAACUCUUCCUCUUCACUCCCUUCUAUAUUAUGUGCCUCUUGAACACAUGCUCAUAUGCACAAAAUAACGUUGUCUCCAAAGGGUGCGUUUGCAAAGAGUGUGAGCACCUGUGUAGUCUUGUCUGUGCUGUGGUUUGCUAUUUAACUUCUAGCUACCUCAAGAAUGCUGUUCUUGGCAUUGUGGUUGUAAAUGCAACCAUGAAAGUUUUGAUUACAUACUAGGUGAAGGCAAGUGUGUGUGUGUGUGUGUUGUUUCGAGCUUUAUGCUUUCAUUUACAUUAUCCAUUGUUGUCAUUAGUUUGAAAGUUGAGAUAUGGUAGAAAAAUUUAAGAAACUCAAAUUCCUUUCUGUAUGACGGGUGUCAAAGAUACAGCCUGUGGGAUGGAUCCAGCCUAUGGAGCUCUCCCACCCAGCCUGCUGGGCUACCAGAAGGUCACAGGUAGGGUCCACUGCAGAAUUUGUGGCACCUGAGUCCUAAUGGACAUGACAGUCAACAGCAGAGGGGUUGGCAAGUGCUGUGAUGAUACGACCUCAUUCAGUUUAUGCCCACUGGCCUUCUACUGCCAUUGCCUAUUGGGCUUGUCACAGCUGCCACUGCUGGCCCUGCACAUCCAGCCUGGGAGGAGCCAUGUGAUCUGGAUCCAGCCUGGGAUGAGUUUGAUACCCCUGCUCUAUGCCAGUUAGAACCAGUGUUGGCUGAUGUGAUCCAUUUUGUAGAAGUGCAUAUGUAAAGAAAAUGUUAAAUCGGAUUAAGAACUAGGUGUCACGUUCUUUUCUUGAUUACACUGAUGUAUAUCUGGAGUAAAAGCAUUGGCUUAUUUUGAUUUAGACCUGUUCUAACCCCAAACAGUCAGUCAGAUUGUUCCAGGCUUCCACUCACGCAACUUGGAGUAGAAUUGGUGCCGACACCUCUUAUCUUCAGUCAGGCUUGAAAGGCUCUUGCUAAAAGAUUCCCAAAUAAAGUUUUCUCAACCUGCAAAGAUGCUUUAAAAUAAUUGAGCUGGUUUAAAUAUGCAGCCUAUCUGGAGACAUGACCAGCAUGAUAAACAGGUUUAGCCUUAUUAUUAUUUUUUGUUUCAAUUCCUGUGAUACCAUGAGUUUCUGCCAUUUCACAAGAUGCCCUUUGGUGCCUUCUGCUGAUGAUUUCAGAAAGCGUGAAUUCUUUGACAGACUGCAGUUGGGCUAUAGGUGUAAAGUAAAUCCUGAUGUGUGUUCUUCUAUCCCAUAUUUUCCAUUCUUUGAAAUAGAAUAAAAAGUCCAAUACUGCAACAAUCGGGAUGGACAUACACUCACACAAACGCACAUACAGAGCAAGCGAGUGUUCUAUAGUAUCGUUGCACUUUCUGCACAGUGACAUUGUAGGUGCUGAAACAUUUAAAAUGACUUUAUAACAGAAGAAUAGAAUGUAGACUUAGAGCCAUCAGUUUACAUUCAUGGUAGUUCUUCCUUGCCGUAUCUUUCAACUAAUUGGUUGUCCCCAAAAAGUCAAGCACUGAAAUGCACAUUUUUUAUAGCCAUAAAGCCAACACUCACUUUAAGCUGCAGUCAGAAAGUAGAAUCCAGGGUAAAAUGGGAAGGUACAUAUAGUGUCCUGAAAAUAUUUGCUUUCUCCUUUUAUUAAAAGAAUGGAACAAAGUGCCUCUGGGUUAGUGGCUUUCAGUUUGGAUGGGGUAAAUCUUCACCUCCCUGACCUUCACUGGAUUGUGCAUCAUCCUUGUAGACCCAGUCCACAAUCCAUACCACAUCUCUAGUAGCACUGAGAAAAUAACAGUGCUUUCCAACUAGGAAGCUGGACUCCAGUUUCCUCCUCCAAUACAGUCAUAGCUAGGCCAUUUCUCUGUUCAUUUAAGGAAGGAGAAAAGCUGAUGAACAUGGCACAAUGUGCCCUUUUACUAGCUUUCCAAUAGCUCUUGAGAGGACAUUCCAGCCGUUAGAUUAUACAGACGGGUGAUUAUCAACCAGAUGGCAUUUUGGUAGCUGACCUUUAUGGUGUAAACCAUGUGCCCAGUUCUUAGGCCUUUUUGUAUUUCAAAGAUGCCCUCCUUUUUUUGCCUUCCACUGGAAAAAUGUCAAACUUUUUAAUGCUUACUGAGCAUCUUGAUUGAAAUGUUUAUCUAAUUCUUUUGUAAGCUUAAUACCUUUGUGUGAUUGCAAGCAAAUGUUUUAGCAUUAUCCUAUAGAGAACGGGUAACUUCUUCAGUAUUUCUUACCUUGACUUUUAACUUGGAGGUGUUUGUUUCCUUGAUUAUAUUUUGUGGUUUGGGGGAGAGGGUGGGGAUAGAAGAAAUCCUAUGGUGAAUUAACUCCUUUUAAAAACCAGGAUAACGUUGAUUGUUAUAAUGUUCGAUCACUGCAUGUAACUAAGUCAGUGAACAAUUACAGUAAAUACUGCAGUCAGUUAGAAACUAUAAACUUGGUAAGCUUCUUUGAUUCUGUCUUCCUGUUGGCAUCAUAAUGAAGACUUGGUUGCUUUUUCCCAAUGGUUUGUAUUUAAUAAAUACUGCACUUUUUAUAAACAAAACUAAAUGUUAGUAGCUUUAUCUAUUUGUGUAUCUUGCUUGAAAUAAAUAAAGAAUCUUUGAUGGA